CGUUCACGAGCAGGGACGUGUCUUAUGAUGAUAAACAAACCUGCAAAUGAGAACAUUUUAACAUAGCAUUUAAAGAGUGGGACAUCAGCAACUUUAACAUUUCAGCAAGAAUUGUUAUCAGGCUUUAAACAGAGUUUCAUCAAAGGGGGCACUCAAGACAUCUCUAUAAUGAUCGGAAAGUUGCUCUCCCAUAUCCUUGGCAACAUUGAGGAUGCCAUUAUAAGAGGCAACAGUGUUCAGAAUGAAAAUGGUGAGGAUCUACUGGAGUAUGACGACGGUGAAUGGAUCAUAAUCAACCUUCAUGAAGGCCGGUCUCUGUCCUCUGCUGAUGUUGACCCUUUGGAGAAUCUUCUGAUUGAACAUCCAAGCAUGUCUGUGUACAAGAUGGUGUCACCAAGAACAGAGGAAGAGGAAGAACUCUCAUCGGAUGAAGACGAAGAGGGUUCUCCCAGGCCUGUGCCCUUUAAACGCCACCUGUUGUGGAGACUUGCUGGGUGGGGGAGCCCCCUGCCAUGCAGUGCAGACGUGCUCCCCAUCCAGUGUGGCAAGACCCAGAUGGACCGCAGAAAGCUGUCCCGAAGUGCCCUCCAGAGGCAGAACCUUGCAAGGAUUCGCUUCUCGCCAGCCGACCGUCGCUAUGGCUUCUUCAAGCAGCCCUGCCAACGCCUUUGCAACUACUGAGCUCUCCCUGAGGCUCCCCUAUCUACAGCCACUGAAAUCCUGACCUUUGAGCUCUGACAUGACCCUGACCACCUGGAUAUGAUGUGUUUCUGAUCUCUAUGAUGCAUGUAGUGAUUUGUGAGGUAUAUGUUGUGUCCGUAGUGGAAGUUUUGUAUGGCAUUCUUUCAAAACUCUGCCGUAUAAUGCUGAUUAACUCUGAUACUGUGUUACACAUUUUCAGCCGAGUAGACUGAAGUUGACCUCACCUUUUCCUUAAAAUCUAAAUUUUCUUUUUGUAUUGUGUGUAUUUGGUUACAGAUGUUAUAUUUAACAGUGAUCAUGUUUUAAACAGUUUAUUGAUACCUGCAUUCGUAAUGUGUCAAAAACAAAAAUAACUUAAUUAUCUGCAAGUACAUUUAUUCCUUUUUGCGUGUAGUAGAAUACAGCUAGGGUUUGAGUGUGCAAAAUGCAUUUCACUUAUGAAACUGCUAAAUUGUGGUGUGCUCUGAAAUGUUUGCUACUUUCGUUGCGGAAAUCUUGUAAAUAUUUGUAAAAGUCAUUUUGUAUUACCGAGUAUAUAUAUUUGAUAAAACACCCUUCUGAAAAAAAGAGUCAAAUAAAUAUGUUUUC